ACAGCCGCCGCGCGCCCUGGAUACGCAGGGACUAUGGAUAUCGUGCGUCUUUUCCCACGCUGAAACUUCACCAUGAGGGAUAAAAGUAAAGCGCGGUGUCGGGAGAGUUAAUGCGCUUGUGGAGGUGUUUCGGUGAAGUUGAGUGGGGUUUUUUUUGGCAGCUUUACGAGCAUGGAGCCACAGAUGUAUUGGAUGUGGGUUUGUGUCCUGCUCAACGUGCCGCUUGCGGGGUGUUUGGAGAUGCGCCUUUCGGAGACCUCACAGCCCGGGACCGUCUUGGCAAACUUGUCUCUGGGACCUGGAUGGACUUAUAAGAUUGACAGGACUUUAUCCCACAAAUUUACCCAGAGCCUUUUCCAAGUGGGGAGGCAGGAUGGGGUCGUCCGCCUGUCCCGAGAAGUUCAGUGCGCGCACACACCGAGGAACCCUGCGCCUGUUUAUUUCAGAACAGGUUCCUCAACAUCUGGGGACGUCAUUUUGACACAGUUCAAUGUGUUUGUCCAUGGCCGAGACUGUUCUAUUAAAUACAAGAGAAGGAAAGCUUCAGGUAAGCCAGACAUCCACAUAAAACACCUUCACGAACUGGAGGCAACUUCCUGCUUGCCCGCAGGUAAAGUGCUGUUGAAUGUAACAGAACAUCUGCCUGCUUUUACGCGCAACAUCGCCCUUUUGGACACUGAAUGCGUCGGGAGGGACUUGGUUGCAGUGUUCAGAGGUGGGAAUUUAUUCUUGGCCAGGGACUUGUGUCUUGGGCACAGAGGACAGCCGGACGUUAACUUGCACUGCGCCUUGCACAGCUCCCCAGGCGGCAGACUCUCCGUGCGGCUGAGCCUGACGCUUGUUAAAGCGCCCAAACCACAUGGGUCCUUGUCAGAGACUGUCCAGGAAAAGUCUGGCAGAGUGAGCCGCAGGGGGAAGAGACAGGUAAACACGUCUCCCCAGUUCCAGCUCCCCAACUAUCAGGUGUCCGUGCCCGAGAAUGAGCCUGCAGGAACACGCGUAAUCACCCUGAAAGCCACUGACCCGGAUGAUGGAGAGGCAGGGCGGCUGGAGUACAGCAUGGAAGCCUUUUAUGACAGCAGGUCCAAUGACCUUUUCCACAUUGAUUCUCAGACAGGGAGCAUAACAACUGUCCAGCCGUUAGACAGAGAAGUCAAAGACAUCCAUGUUUUCAAAGUCACAGUGGCCGACAAUGGCACCCCAAAAAGAUCUGCCACUUCCUUCCUCUAUGUCACUGUGAGUGACACUAACGAUCACAACCCGGUGUUUGAGCAAACUGAGUACCGUGUUAGUAUCCGGGAGAAUGUAGAAGUGGGUUUUGAAGUGAUGACCAUCAGGGCCACUGAUGGGGACGCUCCCUCCAACGCCAACAUGAUUUAUAAGAUUGUGAAUGGUGAAGGGGUCAACGCUGUCUUUGAAAUCGACCUCCGCCACGGCCUGGUGAAGAUCAGAGAGAGACCUGACAGAGAGACCCGGUCCCAGUACCAGCUGAUCGUGAUGGCCAAUGACCAGGGCAAAGACCCAGGCCCCCGCAGUGCCACCGCCACUCUCAACAUUUCAGUGGAGGAUGAGAAUGACAACUACCCGCAGUUCAGUGAAAAGAGGUAUGUGGUACAGGUCCCAGAGAAUGUGGCAGUCAACACAAAAGUCAUCCAGGUAGAGGCUACGGACAAAGAUGAGGGAAACAACGCCAAAGUCCAUUACAGCAUCAUCAGUGGGAACGUUAAAGGGCAAUUCUAUAUUCACUCCCCCACUGGAGUGAUUGAUGUCAUCAAUCCUCUGGAUUAUGAAAUGAUUCGGGAGUAUAAUUUGCGGAUUAAGGCGCAGGACGGUGGGAGGCCUCCGCUGAUAAAUGGCACAGGAAUGGUGGUGGUACAAGUGGUGGAUGUGAAUGACAAUGCCCCCAUGUUUGUGAGCACACCUUUCCAAGCUACUGUGUUGGAAAAUGUGGCCAUUGGUUACUCUGUGAUCCACAUUCAAGCUAUUGAUAGUGAUUCAGGAGAGAACGCUCGUUUGGAAUACCGGCUCACUGACACCACACCUGGUUUUCCAUUCACCAUCAAUAAUAGCACAGGCUGGAUCACUGUGAGUGUUGAACUUGACAGAGAGACCACCGACUUCUACACCUUUGGUGUUGAGGCAAGAGAUCAGGGGAUGCCUCAGAUGUCCUCCUCCGCCAGCGUCAGCAUCACGGUGCUUGAUGUGAAUGACAAUGUGCCCACGUUUACAGAGAAAAUGUACUCACUGAAAAUCAAUGAAGACGCUGUGGUGGGGACCAGCGUGUUGACAGUGACAGCUGUGGAUAGAGAUGUAAACAGCGUCGUCACAUAUCAGAUCUCCAGCGGCAACACCAGGAACCGAUUUGCCAUCACCAGCCAGAGCGGUGGCGGUCUCAUCACCUUAGCCCUCCCCUUGGACUACAAGCAGGAACGCCAGUACGUCCUGACAGUCACCGCCAGUGAUGGAACACGCUACGACACAGCUCAGGUGUUCAUCAACGUGACAGAUGCCAACACACACCGGCCUGUCUUCCAAAGCGCCAACUACCAGGUGAUGCUCAGUGAAGAAAAACCAGUGGGCUCCACUGUGGUGGUAAUCAGUGCAACGGACGAGGACACGGGGGAAAAUGCUCGCAUCACUUAUGUGAUGGAAGACAAUGUUCCUCAGUUUAAAAUUGACCCAGAUACAGGUGCCAUCACAACACAAAUGGAGAUUGACUAUGAAGACCAGGCCUCCUACACGUUAGCCAUCAUUGCUAGAGACAAUGGCAUCCCUCAGAAAUCUGACACCACCUAUGUGGAGAUUAUCAUCCUUGAUGCAAAUGAUAAUACUCCUCAGUUUCUCAGAGAUAUGUACCAGGGUUCUGUAUUUGAAGAUGCACCUGUCUACACCAGUGUUCUCCAGAUCUCUGCUUCAGACAGAGACUCUGGGUCGAAUGGCAGGUUGAGCUACACGUUUCAGGGUGGCGAUGAUGGAGAGGGGGAUUUUUUCAUAGAGCCUUACUCUGGUAUCGUCAGAACAGCUCGCAAACUGGACAGGGAGAACGUUCCUGUGUAUAAUCUGAAGGCCUUUGCUGUAGAUAAGGGAGUUCCACCACUGAAAGCAGCCGUUUCGAUUCAUGUUGUAGUGCAAGACAUCAAUGACAAUCCCCCAGUGUUUGACAAGGAUGAACUCUUUAUUGAUGUGGAGGAGAACAGCCCGGUUGGGUCCGUCGUGGCCCGAAUAACUGCUGCAGAUCCGGAUGAAGGCCCCAAUGCUCAGAUCAUGUAUCAGAUCGUAGAGGGAAAUAUCCCUGAAGUUUUCCAACUGGACAUUUUUAAUGGUGACCUUGUUGCACUUACAGAUUUGGAUUAUGAAACCAAAACAGAAUAUGUCAUAGUGGUCCAGGCCACCUCAGCACCAUUAGUGAGCAGGGCCACUGUUCACAUCCGUCUGGUAGACAUGAAUGACAAUCAGCCUGUGCUGCAGAACUUUGAGAUCAUUUUCAAUAACUAUGUCACCAACAAGUCUAACAGUUUUCCAUCAGGAAUAAUAGGAAAGGUACCAGCCCAUGACCCGGAUGUAUCGGAUAAGCUACGGUACAAGUUUGAGUCCGGAAAUGAGCUCCGUCUGCUGCUGCUGAAUGAGGACACUGGAGAUCUGAGGCUGAGCAGAGACCUGGACAAUGACAGGCCCCUGGAAGCCCCCAUGACCAUCUCUGUUUCAGAUGGUGUCCAUACUGUUGUGGGCCGCUGCACGCUGCGCGUCACCAUCAUCACUGACGACAUGCUGACCAACAGCAUCACUGUGCGUCUGGAGAACAUGUCCCAGGAGCGCUUCCUCUCUCCCCUGCUCAGCCUCUUCCUCGAGGGCGUAGCAGCUGUGCUCUCCACCAAACGGGAAUCAGUGUUUGUGUUUAACAUCCAAAACGACACAGACGUGCAAGGCUCCAUUCUCAACGUCACAUUCUCGGCGAUGCAGCCUGGAGGCGUCCCGGGUAAAGGGACGUUCUUCCCCUCGGAGGAGCUGCAGGAGCAGAUCUACCUCAACAGGACUCUGCUCAGGCUGAUAUCAUCUCAGGAGGUGUUGCCAUUCGAUGACAACAUCUGCCUGCGCGAGCCCUGCGAGAACUACAUGAAGUGCGUAUCAGUGCUGAAGUUCGACAGCUCCCCUCCCUUCAUCGCCUCAGACACGGUUCUGUUCAGGCCCAUCCACCCCAUCAAUGGGCUGCGCUGCCGCUGUCCCCUCGGUUUCACUGGGGACUACUGCGAGACCGAGAUCGACCUGUGCUACUCAGGACCGUGCAAGAACAACGGCAGGUGCCUCAGCCGAGAGGGAGGAUACACCUGCGAGUGCCAGGAAGAUUAUACUGGUGAACACUGUGAGCUGAAUGCAUCAUUAGACCGCUGUGUGCCCGGCGUGUGCAAGAACGGCGGUCAGUGCGUGAACCGUCUCACAGGCGGUUUCAUGUGUGAGUGUCUGCCUGGGGAGUACGAGAAGCCCUACUGCGAGAUGACCACGCGCAGCUUCCCCGGACAGUCCUUCAUUACCUUCAGAGGCCUGCGGCAAAGGUUCCACUUCACUGUCUCUUUCAUGUUCGCCACAAGAAAAAGAAACGCUCUGCUUCUUUACAACGGCAGAUUUAACGAGAAACACGACUUCAUCGCCCUGGAGAUCAUCGACGAACAGAUUCAGCUCACCUUCUCUGGAGGUGAGACAAAGACCACAGUGUCUCCCUACAUCCCAAGCGGGGUUAGCGACGGCGAGUGGCACUCUGUUCAGCUCCAUUACUACAACAAGGACGGGGGGAGUCUGGUGGACUCCAGUGGGGCUCUGCGGCUCCCAUUCUAUACUGCCUGGCUGGAGCUCAAUCAGAAGGAGCCUAACAUCGGGCGUCUGGGUGUCCCUCAUGGACCAUCUGGAGAGAAGGUGGCUGUGGUUGCAGUGGACGACUGUGACAUCUCCAUGGCGAUUCGCUUCGGGAAGCAGAUCGGAAACUACUCCUGCGCUGCCCAGGGCACCCAGACCGGACAGAAGAAGUCACUGGACUUAACAGGCCCGUUGUUGCUCGGCGGCGUUCCCAACCUGCCCGAGGACUUCCCUGUCAGGAACCGAGACUUUUUGGGCUGCAUGAGAAACCUCAUCAUCGACAGCAAACCCAUCGAUAUGGCCAGCUACAUCGCUAAUAACGGCACCACAGAAGGUUGUCCAGCAAAGGAAGACUUUUGCACCAGCGUUGUGUGUAAGAACGGAGGAGUGUGUGUCAGCAAGUGGAACACCUACAACUGCAACUGCCCAACUGGUUACGGAGGCAAGAACUGUGAACAAGUGAUGCCGUCUCCUCAGUUCUUCGACGGUCAAGCGCUGGUUUCCUUGAGCGACCCUGACAUCACCGUUGCCGUUCCCUGGUACAUGGGCCUCAUGUUCCGCACCAGGCAGCCCGCUGGCACCCUCAUGCAGGCCAACGUCGGACCCUCCUCCACCAUCAACCUCAUGGUGAGUGAGCAACAAGUCCGUAUGGAAGUGUGGCUGAGGACGCAGCUGGUGGCGUCGCUGAGCUUCCCCCAAGUUCGAGUCGAUGACGGAGAGUGGCACCACUUGCUGGUAGAACUGAGGAGUAUUAAAGACGGCAAGGACAUUAAAUACAUGGCCACGGUUUCACUGGACUAUAGCAUGUACCAGAAGUCAGUGGAAAUCGGUAAUGACCUUCCAGGUUUGAAGCUGCAAACUCUGCACGUUGGAGGUUUGCCUGGAGAAGGAAACCAUGUCAACAAAGGAUUUGUUGGCUGCAUGCAGGGUGUCCGCGUGGGUGAGACAUCCACCAAUGUAGCCAACGUGAACAUGGCUCGGGGUCUAAAGAUCCGCGUGGAGGACGGCUGCGACUUGGACGACCCCUGCGACUCCAACAUCUGCCCCGACAACAGCCACUGCAGCGACGACUGGAGCACGUACACCUGUGUGUGUGACUCAGGUUACUUUGGUAAGGGGUGUGUGGACGCUUGUCAGCUCAACCCCUGUGAGCAUGUUUCCACCUGUGUUCGCAAACAAAGUUCCUCCCAUGGAUACACCUGUGAAUGUGGACAGAACUACUAUGGCCAGUACUGUGAAAACAAAGUGGAGAAGCCGUGUCCCCUCGGCUGGUGGGGCAAUCCCAUGUGUGGUCCCUGUAACUGUGAUACUACCAGAGGAUUUCACAAAGACUGCAACAAGACCACAGGAGAGUGUCGCUGCAAGGACAACCACUAUCGUCCAGAGGGUGAGGACACCUGUUACCCCUGUGAGUGUUUCUCAGUCGGCUCUGAGUCACGGACGUGUGACCCCAUCACCGGACAGUGCCCUUGUAAGGGAGGAGUCAUAGGUCGUCAGUGCAACCGCUGCGAUAACCCCUUCGCUGAAGUCACGCCCUCUGGAUGUGAAGUGGUGUACAAGGGCUGCCCCAAGGCGUUCGACGCAGGCAUCUGGUGGCCCAAGACCAACUUUGGACGGCCCGCCGCCAUGAACUGUCCCAAAGGAUCCAUGGGCACUGCCAUCCGCCACUGUAGUGACGAGAAAGGCUGGUUGUUGCCCGAGCUCUUCAACUGCACCACCGUCACCUUUUCCCACCUGAAGAAGCUGAGCGACGACCUUCGGCGCAACAGCUCAAGGAUGGACGGCGAGCACUCCAAGAACAUUGUGCGCUUGCUUAACAGCGCCACCAGCAACACCCCGCAUUACUACGGCAACGAUGUGAAGACGGCCGCCCAGCUGCUGAAUCACGUGCUGCUGUACGAGAGCCGGCAGGCGGGGUUCGACCUCACCGCCAUGAGGGAUGCAGAGUUCAAUGAGAAUUUAGUCCGAGCGGGCAGUGCCAUCCUGGAUCCUGGAACCAAGGAGCACUGGGAGCAGAUCCAAAAGACCGAUGGAGGCACGGCGCACCUGCUCCGCAACUUUGAGGAUUACGCCAACACGCUGGCUCAGAACGUCAGGAAGACCUACCUGAAACCCUUCACGAUUGUUACGGACAACAUGAUUCUAACCGUGGACUACCUGGACGUGUCCGACCCAGAAAAGGCGACGUUCCCUCGGUUCCAGGAAAUCCAGGAGACUUAUUCCAAAGAGCUUGGGUCGUCUGUCCACUUCCCCCAGUUCAACAUCCGCACCCAGAACCACAGAGCUGAACCCACUCCAGCCCCUCCGACUCAGACUGACCCCCCUCAGGAGGAGGAGCACACAGUGUCUGAUAGGAGACGCCGACACCUCGAGCCUGCCGCCCCUCUGCCGGUUGCUGUGGUGAUAGUGUACAAAUCACUGGGAGAGCUGCUCCCGGAAAGAUAUGACCCUGAUCGCAGGAGUCUGAGACUUCCUAACCGUCCGGUGAUCAACACGGCCAUUGUGAGUGCCACAGUCCACAGUGAGGGCCCGCCUCUCCCACCCACCUUAGACCCCCCCAUCACCCUGGAGUACACCCUGCUGGAGACGGAGGAGAGGACCAAGCCUGUCUGCGUCUUUUGGGACCACUCCAUUGCGAUCGGAGGAACAGGCGGCUGGUCUUCUAAAGGCUGCGAGGUGCUGAACAGAAACAACAGCCACAUAAGCUGUCAGUGUAAUCAUCUGACCAGCUUCGCUGUGCUCAUGGAUAUCUCCAAGAGAGAGCACGGUGACGUUCUGCCCCUGAAGAUCGUCACCUACACCACAGUGUCCAUCUCCCUCACCCUGCUCCUCCUCACCUUCAUCUUACUGUGCCUCUUGCGCCGCCUCCGCUCCAACCUCCACGCCAUCCAUCGGAACCUGGUGGCGGCACUCUUCUUCUCUGAGCUUGUCUUCCUGCUCGGCAUCAACCAGACUGACAAUCCGUUUGUGUGCACGGUGAUCGCCAUCCUCCUGCAUUACUUCUACAUGUGCACAUUUGCCUGGAUGUUCGUGGAAGGGUUGCAUAUCUACCGCAUGUUGACCGAGCUGCGCAACAUCAACCACGGCCACAUGAGGUUCUACUACGCCAUGGGAUGGGGCAUACCGGCCAUCAUCACAGGUCUGGCGGUAGGUCUCGACCCUCAGGGAUACGGGAACCCAGACUUCUGUUGGCUCUCUGUCCACGACACACUCAUCUGGAGCUUCGCAGGACCCAUCUUUGUUGUCGUCCUGGUGAACAUAGUGGUCUUUAUCCUCGCUGCGAAGGCUUCCUGUGGUCGCAGGCAGAAAGCGAUGGAGAAGUCAGGAGCUAUCCCUGCACUCCGAAUGGCCUUCCUCCUCUUGCUGCUCAUCAGCGCCACCUGGCUGCUCGGCCUGAUGGCAGUCAACAGCGAUGUGAUGACUUUCCACUACCUUUUCGCCAUCUUCAGCUGUCUGCAGGGAGUCUUCAUCUUCUUCUUCCAUGUGGUCUUCAACAAAGAAGUGAGGAAGAACCUCAAGAACGUCUUCACUGGGAAGAAGAGCGUACCCGACGAGUCCAGCACCACAAGGGCGUCUUUGCUCACACGUUCCCUCAACUGCAACAACACAUACACAGAAGACGGCCCGUUGUACCGCUCAGGCAUCGGAGAGUCCACCGUGUCCCUGGACAGUACGCUCAGGUCAGCUAAGAGCCGCAGCAGCUACCUGGCUUACGCGCUCAGGGAGGAGUCGGGUCAGAAGCCCAGUGUCUCCUCAGGAGCAGCUAAAGGACGCACCGAUCUGGAUGGACCUCUAUUCCAUAGAAAUGGCACCAAGGGAGAUGACUCGGACUCAGACAGUGAGCUGUCAGUGGACGAGCACAGCUCCUCCUACGCCUCCUCGCACUCCUCUGACAGCGAGGACGAUGACAUCGACGUCAAGCCGAAGUGGAACAAUGAGAGGCAGCCCGUUCACAGCACGCCUAAAGUGGAUUCAGUGCCCAAUCAUAUGAAGCCUUACUGGCCAACAGAGCCCACCACAGCCAGCGACAGUGAGGAUCCAGGCAGGGCAGAGAAGCUGAGGGUGGAGACCAAGGUGAACGUGGAGCUGCACUCAGAAAAUAAGCUCAAUCACACCGGAGAGAGGGAGACGCCCCAGGAGAGAGACAAACAGAUGCCCAGUAAUGCGAAAGAUACAGCGUCCCCCUGCCAACCCAACAGCAACCAUCAUCCAGAGCAGAGAAAAGGCAUCUUAAAGAACAAGAUCAGCUACCCUCCUCCGCUCACUGACAAGAACAUGAAGAACCGCCUGAGGGAGAAGCUGAGCGACUACAACUCUCCCACCAUCACCUCCCCGCCCCCCAACAACAACAACACCACUUCUUCCCCGCCUCCUUCCUCUGUCAACAUCAUGACCCCUUCCUCGCGGCCGCCAUCGCUGGCCUCCAACGACGGUGGUCGCCCUGGCAACCACGAAAACAGCUCCCUCAUCAAACCGCCCGUCACCCCGCGGCCGCAGAUCCCUGUCGGACCCCCGCCGGCGGGCAUCUACCGGGAGACCAAUGGGGGGGUGGCCAUGCACUUGAAGUCAGGGACAGUCAACGGAGGCAACGAUUCAGACUCAGAUGGCAGUAACGAGACUUCAAUCUGACCCGUCAGGAAAACCCAGACCGGCCCGCCCCUGGUAAAGAAGGGAGCGAGCAGGACAAACCCCUGUGGGAGGAGAGCCAAGAGUAGAGGGGAGUCAAAUGAAAGAAUAAAGUAAGAUGGAGGGGGGCUGAAGACGAGGAUGGAAUGAGUGGAAGAAAAAGUCCCUCUGCCCGAUCCGUCCCUCUGGUGUUCCCCCUCUCUGGAGAGCAGUAUUAAUUGCAGACUUAAAGACUGCCUGAGAAGCAGAGAUAAUGAAAAGAUUUGAGAAAUAAUAAAGGGAAUACUGUGUUGGACAGGGGAUGAAAUGGAGCCACGUGUGCCAAAACCACUAAAGUAAAGGGGAAUGAAGAUGAAGAAUGCCCCCAGAAUGCAUUGCAAUCCUAAAAGGACCGUUAUUAUGACACUUCAGUUAAACAGCUGGACAAUAUUUAGGGACUUUGCAUCUUUCUCAUGGAGAAAAUUGGACGUAUAAUCACUGUGCAUGAACCAUAGGUGCCGGUACUACAGAAGCUUCAGACAUAAACUCGACUCAAGCUGUUCCCGACACACGCCAAGUGCUCUUCUUUUCUUCUUUUCCUCUUUUUUUAACUCAAAGAAAGGCAUCCCCAUGCAUUUAGAGUGUAAUUAAUGUGUAGAUAUUGUUAAAGGUGAAGAAGAAAAAUGAUCUAUUUUGUAUUUCAGCUGCAGCAAGGACGAGUUUGGACACUUAAAAAAUCAUUUCGCCUGCGUUGCACUGGGAAUGCUUCCCUGUUGUGAAAAUCACUUGAUAUGCUGGUUAUCGACCGAGAACAAUUACCUGUGUGCCUUUAGGCCUCAAUCCAGGGCACACACACACACACACUCACACACACACACGCUUACACACUCUUACUGUGUUAGCCUAGUGGGGUUCCUGGUGAUGUAACUCACUCUGGCAGCUUAGUUGCCGUACACACACAUAACAGAUUAAAGUCUGUUGUGUUUCAAUGUGUGUAUGGAGUUUUUCUAGUUGGAGCACUAUGAACCUGAAACCUUCUCUUUCCAGUGUCCGUCCUGCCUCUUUCUUCAAUGCAACAAAUAUUCCUGGUUACCAAAGUCCUGAUAUACAGUCAACGUGCAGACUGAAGUUUGGGUUAUUUCACUUUGAACUUAGUUUUGUGCAGGAGCAUGUUGCUGUCGGGCAUGUAUUAUGUAAAACAUAUCAUGUUAUAACGUGACACUUUAUUGUUAAAUCAUAAAACCUUCCACGUUACAAUAUAUUUUAUAUUGUAACAUAAAAUAUAUUAAGUUAUAAUGUAAUGAUCAAUUUUUAAUGACUUGGCAGAAAUAUGUUUCCUUAGUUUUAUUCCAAAAACAGCAAAACCAUAAUUAAAAUAAAUCAACUCUUAAAAAUCAAUUAUUAUUUUAUUACUUUAUGUCUGAAUCUGAAUUCAAAGUGAAAUUAACACCAUCUCUAAUGCAUUCUGCAGCUUGUAUAAUGCCACUUAAAGCCUGGUUUACCCCUCACUGAACGCCUUAGUACCACACACACUGUUCGUCCUCAGUGUUUCGCCCUCAAGCAGUCGAGACUGCCGAUAAAUGUCCUCGUUGUUUUAUUGAUCCCAGACACUGGAAAUGUUUUGUAACAUAAUGUAUAUUUAUUUUUUAUGGUUUUCAGACACUGGAAAGAAAGAAAUGAUUGUGACUGUAAAAUUAAA